AGUCCAGUCCCGCCAGAAUUAUUCCCCCUCACUCUCCUUUCAACUUCAUACUGCUUUGAAUAUCUCCUGUCUUUUUCUGCUAUUCCAUUUUCAUCUCAUUGUCGCUCAUUCCCUGAAGAUAAGAAGAAGAAAAAGCUUGGGAUUAAAAACCACAAGAAUGGCCGACAUCGACAUUUCCAGACGCAACAAGAAGCCCCGCCCAUUGCUCGAGACGGAGCGGGAGAGACUGGAAGAAUUCAUCGACGCGAUCCAUUACUCCGCCAGGUAUUCCGACAAUGAAUACGAGUAUCGACACGUGCAACUGCCCAAGAACAUGCUUAAAAAGAUCCCUCAAGAAUAUUUCGAUACUUCCAAAGGUACUUUGAAGCUACUCUGGGAGGAAGAAUGGCGUGGCCUUGGCAUAACUCAGAGCUUGGGUUGGGAGCAUUACGAAGUUCAUGAACCAGAACCACACAUCCUCCUAUUCAAGCGACCUAUCAACUACCAACCUCCUGCUGCGCAAUAAACAAAGCAACCUUCGACCUCAUUCGCGCCGUGUCCCAAUCCCCUCUCCUCGGUGACGAAGGACUUACCAACAUGAUAAUUGUUCACGAAUUAAUUAAUGAAAUUUAUUUGAGAUAAUACUCGGGGUUACAAUGGAUGCCUUUGCUUUCUUUUUCUUCUUUGCCGAGACGUGGAAAUGAUUUGCUAUUUUGCAUCUAGCCUGUUGUUUUCUUUCCUCAGAACCACCCGACCUGCUUUUACAAUUUUGGCAGGAAGUGACUCUGUAUUAGUCUUCAAACGACAUUAUUGCGAAGCCACUCAUCCCACUGGUCGGCAGUGAAACUGCUGCUGAUGCUUCUCUCUUCGAUACCCUGCGCGGAUGAUGCCGGGUUAGUAUCAUUUUCUCAUCUGCGACGUCCAUUGGGCGUCGCACGCGGACAUUGGGAUCAUGGAGUACUCACGUCGAAAAAGACAGUAGGAGUGACAUGCACGCCUAUAACGCGAUUUGCCUGGGAAACAUGUUAAUAGGAUACCCUACUUAUUUAAUGCGGUAAUAUGAAUUAUCAAGAAUUUGUG